AUGUCGGCAACGACCAAAAUAUUGGUGCUCUUCGUGUUUCUCGCAAUCAACAAUGGUGUCGACUCUCGUCUCUCGGCCAAAAGACGCACGCUGGGCACAGGACGCAGUGCAGCCGAAAACUCAGACUCGGGCCCACAAAUCGUCAUCUACUCUCAGGGCGAUUCGCACACGAAGGACAAUGAGGAGCCCAGUUUUCAUGAGCCGCAGAUUAUGGAGCCUAACGCAGGCGAUAAAGAUAGUCGCAAGGUUCCGGACUAUCUUUACUCCAAUGCCAUACCAGUGAUGAACGAUCAGAAUGUUAAGUAUAUGCUGCCACAGCUUUCGGGCUACCCUCUGGCUGCGUAUGGCCCACCCAUAAUGUCGAACAACAAUAACAACAAUGUUCGCACCAAUACUGUACCCGUCUAUGUGGUGCCACGCGUUCAGUUGGGCUUCAAUGUGCAGGGCCAAACAGGCAUCAAUUGGCCCGGCAUUAACUUGAAUCUUCUGCAGAGUCAAAUGCCCAUCAACGCUGCCGAAAAGGAAGAGUCACUGCAGACCACUGCUUUCCUGCCCAUACCAGUGCCAGGUCCACCAGGGCCACCCGGUCCACCAGGACCACCCGGACCACGAGGACCGACAGGACCACGUGGACCGCAAGGCUCUUCCGGUACCUCAAAUAAUAACAAUGCGGCACAAAACCAAAAUCCCAGCGUGUGGUUCGCCAAUAAGCCGCAGUACAAUGAAAAUCUUUUGAGUGGUUAUCAGAGUUAA